CUGUAAUACUGUAACGCCACUCCAGUAGAAGAAGAAGGUCACGCCAGCGUUUCGGUGCCGUACAAGCAGCAUGUGAAUGUUUGCGUCCUUGUUUAUUUACCUAAGAUUAUAUUGAUGCUUGUAACAUUUGUUUCUGGGCGAAGAUGACCUCUCAGGCUGUACGUCUUUUCCGUAAAAUGGAUGGUCUGUUUGCUGUGUACAAACCGCAGGGAGUUCACUGGAAACAUGUUCGUGACAGCAUAGAGUCCAAUUUAUUAAAAGCGCUGAACUCCUGUCCUCCACCAGCUCCUCAGCUUGCAGUGCAGUUCCAGCUUCUGUCCGGUGGAGAAAACAGCAGCUCCAAAGAUGUCGUAUUAUCACCCUCUAUGGUCCCCACACUGGCAGACCAUCCUCUAGGUUAGUGGCUAAACCUUCAAAAAUAUG